AUGCUUUCUUCACAUUUGACGGCUCCUGCUGAUGGAAUUGACUCGGAUCGUAUUGUUAACACGGCGUUCUUAGAUGAUUAUCAUAAAUGUCAAAUAUGCCACAGUGUUUUAUGGAAACCAGUUGCAUGUAAGACCUGCGAGAAACCUUAUUGUAAAACAUGCAUUGAUAAAUGGUUAAAUGGAAAAAUUGAAAAGACCUGCCCAAAUCGUUGUAAAUAUGAAGAACGAAACUGUUCCCCACUAACAAGUACAUUAUUAGCAAAAUUAGAAAUAUCUUGUAUAUAUAAAACUGAUGGGUGUAAACAGAUUCUGUUAUAUGAUUCAUUAGAACGUCAUGAAAAUCAAUGCGAUUAUCAAGGAAAAGAAUGUUUCGGUUGUAAACAACUCUAUCCAAAGAAUUUUCUUCGACAACAUGAACAACAAUGUGAUAUGAUAAAAUUUUUCUGUUAUCUAUGCGAAGAAGACAUUUUUCAAAGAGAAUUUAGUCAACAUUUGUCCGCAUGCCUUCGAUGCCGACUAGAAACAAUGAGAACCGAAAUGGUGGACAUGAUCAACAAGCACGACAAUAACAUAAAACAACGUCUAAAAGCAGCUGAAAAUUCUCAAAUCGAACUUAAUCAACACAUGAAAAACCUUGAAAAAACUAUCUCCUCGACUCAAAAAAACACUUUUUAUACACAAUCUGCUUUUUGGGUCCUAUUAAUCUUAGUCAUUGUUCUAUUCUUUUUAGGCAUUGUUCUAUUCCUUUCAGUCCACGAUAUGAAAGAUGAAGUCAAAAAACUCUCCAACAAUUAUGGCGAUAUGAAGGAUAAAGUCAUAAAACUCUCCAACAAUUAUGACGAUAUGAACGCUAAAUGUGACCAACGGAAUAAAUUAUUCUUUUGGCAAUAG